CCAUUCACAUUUCUCAUUCUCCAAUUUUGCUCCGUCUCCAUUGAUUUCUUCUGGAAGCGGGGCAUUUUCUUAGCAUUAUUCAUCAAUUCCUGCAUCUCUUCUCUCAAUAUGGCCCCCAACAGAUGGAUCAGACCUGAGGUAUACCCACUUUUCGUGCCAGUUGGUAUGGCUGUUGGUCUCUGCGCUAUGCAACUUGUUAGAAACAUAACCACCAAUCCUGAAGUCAGGGUCACCAAGCAGAACAGAGCUGCAGGAAUUCUUGACAAUCAAUCCGAGGGUGAGAAAUAUUCACAACACAUUGUCAGGAAGUUUGUCCGUGGCAAGAGUACUGAGAUUAUGCCGUCCGUCAACGGCUUCUUCUCCAACCCAAACUAAGUAAAACAGAUGCCAAGCUCUGUAUACUAGAAAAUUUGAUUUCUGGGUGUAAUUAAUAUUAUUGGCUUUCUGUUAUUUUGAAUUGAGAAGUAGGAGAAAGGGAUCUAAUUUUUCAGAUAAGAUUAUAUUAUGAUGGUGUAAUUUCUUGUUGGAUGACAUUCAAUUUGUCUCAAGAGUAAAAACUUAUACUUACAUUUA